AUGUUAGAAGAAUAUACUAGAAAAUUACAAAGAAGUAAACAAAUAAUAGUAUACACAGAUGAAUCUCUUAUCACAGAUGUGACCUCAAAUAGUUCAAAUUCUAUAGAACUAAAAAGACAACGUAUAAGCUUUGGAGCAAUAUGUCUCGUGAAAAAUCUCAACUUAGGAAGAAUUGAAUGGAAAGGGAAAGUUGAGGGUUCACUUUCAUCAACAAGAGCUGAACUAUGGAUUAUACUUUCAGUCCUAUGGGUAAUUCCUAAUAAAACUUCGAUAAAAAUAAUUACAGAUAGUGAAUCCUCAAUUAAAGCAAUUAAAGGUUACACCAAUGAGCAUAAAGGAAAAUACAGGAGUAAUUACAGUAAUCCAUUAAUAUUGCAAACAAUUAAAGAAUUAAUCUAUACAAAAGAAAUUGAUUUAGAACUAGAAAAAAUCAAAGCACAUCAAGGGGAUUACAACAAUGAAAGAGUAGACGAAUUAGCAAAACUCGAAUCAAAUUCAGGAUUUAUCUUUUCAAUAAAUCCUAAAUAUUUACGAGAGUAA